AUGGCAACAGCGUCGAAAACGGUGUUUUCCAAAGGAGGGUCGUCCAAAAGAGCCAACAAGUCAUCUCCAGCAUCAACGAAGAACUUUAUAGAAAGGCUUCCACAUGAGAUAAUGAUUAAGAUUCUGUCAUACCUGGAUGUGUCGGCACUUUACAGCAUGAGCCACAUCAAUAAGCUCUUCUAUCAGCUUGCCAACGAUAACGCCCUGUGGAAGAAGAUAUACGAGGCAGAGUUUGGACGGAACAGAAAUGGAAGAAACAUGCCUGAGCUGCCGGUGAAGAUGGAGGUGAAGCAUCAAGACGUGGCCUGUUGGAGGAGCCUGUACUUCAAAACGAUAGCUAGCCUGGACAUACAGAAGUGGAAAAAAGUUCCUCAGCCCGUCACCAGCUACACUGGGCUGCCCAUCCACACCGAGCAAGGACUAAGAAACCUGCAUGUCACCUGGGAGCUGACGGUCACCGAUCGGGCAGGCCGUCAGAACACUCUGGAGCUCAGCUGGUCCAAGUUUCUCCGGACUGCAGUGAUACUGUGCUGGAGCGCAGGAGGCUCCUUGCCCAACUACCAGGAGUUUUCGACCCUUCAACUCCACGGCGUCAGGAGGAUAGCCCUCAACUGCCCCAGCCUAAAGACACCCGGCCGGAGGUCCCUCAUGGCAGAGUUAGACAUGCAGACACUUACUAAAGGGGCACAGGUCAUUGGCCAGGACAGUCUGGUGGAGCUGAGGCUGCUGCAGCCGGGCAUCGCCAUCGCUGUUUGGAAAGGUGAGACCUCCGUCGCCUUCAUCAUGUUCACCCUCCACUUAAACAAGUUGGUGGAAAGAAGCACUGAGGGAUCCCAUGAUUGUCCCUAUGUGGAGCCAACAGACAAAGCUCCUUUUGAUGAUAUAGAUCCCGAAUACGGUCUCCAUGGUUACCAGCUCCACAUUAUUCUCCACAACACUAAAUGCGAGCUCAUGUCCGGGAGCAGUCCGCGGCUCUUCUGCCACAGAAGUGAGAUCUCUGACGGAUGGAUCCAGUUUACCGCUAUCAGUAGGACUAACUUGUCCCAGCACACACGUCUGUCAGGCAACAUCUUCCUGCCGUGGCGAUGUGAGGCCCUGCAGGGCGCCCUACAGAGUUGCUGCAUAAUGAGUGUGACUCUGUUGGAUGAAUUCAGAAGAACCUUCAAGUGCAUCUGCUCUCCAGUGCUGAUGGAGCCACAGGAAACCCAUGUGUCCUAUGACUAUGAUGGUGAGCACUACCAGAUUCACUAUCAAGACUCCGACACUCAGGUGAAAAUUCAGCUUGUGUGGACGAAGGAACAGCAGCAGUUUACCCUCAUCAGUUUAAUCGUCGCUGUGAGUGUUUGCAGGGUCAAUGAGCAUUUCCAUCGAGCCUACUGA